AUGGCCGCCGUCGAAGCUGUCUGCCGUGCCCUUGUCAGGCUCCCGCGCAAGCGUUGUUCUUCCCUGGCACGCGCCGGCUCACUGCUCGGCCCUGCGCUUUCCCUUUCUCUGUGCUCGUGCUCGCCGUGCCGUGAGUCACUGGCCAGCAGUCCAGCUCGCCUCCACUUCCUACGUUCCCUGCUCCAGCUCUACUGUCGCGCGCAGCUCGCCCCUGCGCAGUUCGUCCGUCGUGCUGGUCACUAUUCCAUAUUGUGCCUAUUAGCUCGGAUCCUGUCCCAGCUCGUCGUUGUGUCAUUCACAGUCGAGUCGUCAAACCCGUCAUCUCCUGCUCAACCCCACUCACCAGCUCGCUCAAGACUACAAUCGAAGGUCGUCGUCAAUCCGUGCGUGAUCAAGCAAUCUCAAGAAUCGGGUGAAGACGAAGUUCUCAUCGCGAUAUUCCCUAAGCGCUCGACAAAUUGCCUGGAUCGGAAAAUCGCUACCGAUCUCACGGAUUCGUGUCAGCUGUGGAAACGGUAAGCUGAUAAAUUAUUCAGAAUAGUUCGAUCGAUGAAUAAAUUAAUAUGCAAGUGCGAGGCGCAUUAAGGUGCUCGAUAAAUUGCAUAAGUCACGAAACUCUCGUCGACUUCACAGUUAUUGCGAUUAUCGAGCCAGGUUCAGUUAUAGCGAGUUAUUUCGCUAUUUCGGUUAAUUAGCUGAAUUAAUGUAACGAGUAGAAUAUUAGUAGGCCUGUGUGAUAAAGAAAUGUUUGAGUAAUUGUUGACAUGAAAAACA